AUGGCAUCAAAAGGUGCCGUUUUGCCUCUAUUGAGGCGUGAAAUUCGAUCCUCCCGAUUCCCACGAGCUACCUCCGUCUCCGCCAUUGCUACCCCAGCCCGCCACUCUGCCAGUCCCUUCACAGCUUCCGGUCGACCUUUAGCUCGGCGAACGGCACUAUUCACCGCACCAACCCAGACACGAGCCUUUUCGCAAUCGCUAUCAAAGCGCUUCACCGAUGAGGAUGGCAACUUCGAUCCUCGCACAUUGGAUCGGGAGUCAGAUGACGUGGAUGUGUGUAUUGUUGGCGGUGGUCCCGCUGGUCUCGCCGCCGCAAUUCGCUUGAAGCAACUCGCCAACGAGGCAGGCAACGAAGAGUUCCGGGUUAUUCUACUAGAGAAGGCUGGUGAAUUGGGUGCCCAUAUUGUCUCCGGAAACGUUUUGCAACCAACCGCCCUCAAUGAGCUGCUCCCCGACUGGCUGUCCGAGGACAACCCCUCGCGCUUUGAGGGCGCGACCCCCGCCAAGGGUGAUAAGAUGCGUCUGAAUGAGCUGACCAAGUGGCUGGGAGAGCGCGCGGAAGAGAUUGGUGUGGAGGUGUACCCUGGGUUCGCAGCCAGCGAGAUGGUUUAUGCCCCCGAUGGCUCAGUUAAGGGUGUUGCGACCAACGACCUUGGAAUCGCUCGGGAUGGCAAGCCCAAGGAGACAUUUGAGAGAGGAAUGGAGUUCCAUGCCCGCAUCACCCUUCUUGCUGAGGGCUGCCACGGCAGCUUGACCAAGCAGGUGAUGAAGAAAUAUGAUCUUCGACGAGACAGCCAGCCCCAGACAUACGGUCUUGGAAUUAAGGAAGUCUGGGAGAUUCAGCCCGAGAAGUUCCGAUCAGGCGAGAUCACUCACUCGAUGGGAUACCCUCUUCCCAGGGAUACCUAUGGUGGAGCCUGGAUGUACCACUUUGGAGACAACAUGGUGAGUAUCGGUCUGGUUGUAGGAUUGGACUACCCGAACCCAUGGCUUUCGCCCUACGGAGAAUUCCAAAAAAUGAAACACCACCCCAUGUUCAAGGAGGUUCUCGAGGGUGGAAAGUGUAUCUCUUACGGGGCCCGAGCACUGAAUGAGGGUGGUUUCCAGUCGAUCCCCAAGUGCGCAUUCCCCGGAGGUGCCUUGAUUGGUGACACGGCUGGCUUUUUAAACGUUCCGAAAAUCAAGGGUACCCACACCGCAAUGAAAUCAGGAAUGUUAGCCGCCGAGGCUACCUUCUCGGCGCUUAAGGGUGACGAUCAAGGAACCGUCUUCUUGUUUGAUUACGAGAAAUCUCUGCGGGAUUCAUCCAUUUGGAAGGAGCUCUCUGAGGUUCGUAACAUCCGGCCCUCAUUCAACACCCCGCUGGGCUUUUUCGGUGGACUUCUUUACUCCGGUAUCGAGGCCUACCUAUUCAAGGGCCGAGUGCCAUGGACGCUCAGCCACCACAGCACGGACUCAGCGGCUACCAAGCUUGCUUCUCAAUACGAAAAGAUUGUUUACCCCAAGCCAGACGGAGAGCUCAGCUUCGAUAUCUUGACCAGUGUCAGCCGGACCGGCACCAACCACGAGGAAGACCAACCGGUUCACCUGCAGGUGAAGGACUUGGAUAAGCACACGGACCUCGCAUGGCCUGCUUACAAGGGUAUUGAAAACCGGUUCUGUCCUGCAGGCGUCUACGAAUAUGUGGAGGACCCUAGCAAAGAGCACGGGGUUCGAUUCCAGAUCAACUCACAAAACUGUAUUCACUGCAAGACUUGUGAUAUCAAGGUUCCCACACAAGACAUUAACUGGCAGACACCUCAAGGUGGAGAGGGACCCAAGUACAUCAUGACUUGA